AUGCGUCUCUUCCAACUAAGAGGAUGUAACAGCCCCCACAGCUACUGUUCAAAACUCCCGCGCCACACCCGGAAACGUUAUUUGCUAACUUCUGCCCGACGGUUUAAAUUGAGAAAUGCCACCUUCCCAUUGGUUAAGGUUGUUAGAGAGGAGGGGCUGCCUGCGUUAGCCAAUAGCGGAGCCGAUCUUGAUUCCGUUCCCUACCUCCGCCAAUACGAUUGGCUCGGCUUGCCUGGGUUUGUUUCUUGGGGCGCGUCAUCCUCCCUCCACGCGUUUGAGUCGCCAACCCCGACUGCCUUCUACUCUCCCGCGCCCCAGACAGAUCUCCCAGGGUUGUGCGCGCCGCGUCCAACUAUGAGGCGGACUUUACGUCGGAAGCCGAGUCCGCGCUCUGUGGCCAGGGCGGAAGAGGAGCCUGCAGCGGCGGCUCCCCGGAGGUCCGGGAAGAAGGCCGUCUCGAAGCCGCUCAGUCAGAUCUUUCAGGAGUUGGAGGAGAAGGCCGCCAGGGAGAGCCGCCAGUCCGAGGAGCCGGUGGCCGGCGAGGAGCCCUCCUCCUCUGCCUCCGUAGAGUGGGACAUGCACGCGGCCAAAAGGUCCCGCCCCCCGGGUCUCCGUCGCGACAAGGCCCUGCCUGGGCCCUCGGCCCUGCAGGAGCCCACUGCCUCGCGGCCUUUGGAGAACUAUGUGGUAUUCCAUUGCCUGGGCUGCUCCGCCGUACUUGGAGACUCGGUGCAUCUUUGCGGGGAGGAGACGCGCCCCUUGAGUAUCCUCGUCUUCAGCCGAAUCACAAAUAAUGUCAUUUUGGAUAAAUCCUUACUGGUUGGCAUUGAAGGUGCUCUCCUGGGCAGUACUUACAACCCUUUAUUCUGCCAGUCUUGUGGACAUUCUGUAGGCUUCAGACUUUAUUCUACAUAUGCUGCCUUUUCUGACUUGAAGGGUCUUUUCUGCCUUUUUAAGAACAGCAUUGUGUGCUAUCUUUUAAAAACAAAAUCUAUAGUAAAUGCAACGGAGAUGGAAUUUCCCAUGAAGCGUCUAAAUGAAGAAAUUUCAAAGCUAAAAGAGAAGAUUCUGCUAAUGGACUCAAACUUAACAACAAUAAUUCAGGAUCUGAAGACAGUAAUCCACGGACCAUUGGACGUAGAACUAGAGUAACAUUUGAAUCAGAAACAAACUUUGAAGAGUAAGUUCAUCCUGUACUGGGAGUUCAGGAAGUAUUUAAUGGUGCCUGUGGCAUCCUAUCUUGACUUUGGCUGAUUUCUGGGACAUAAAAAGGCACAUUCUCCAAACUAAGUUAUCCUUCUGUUUUGAUUAACCAGAAGUAUUCCUAAAUCGAAACUGGAAAGUAAAGACAUGAGAAAGUUUCCAAAAACCAGGAAUAUACCUCAAGAUUCAUAUUUCAUGAAGUAAUUUGUCUUCAAGAACAUUUCUUACCAGAUAAGUUGAUUGAAACUUCCCUUCAAUGUUAACCAUUUUGUGGUGCUUCAGAAGUUAUGGUUAAAAAAAUAUUUUCAGCUCAUCAAUGUCAGCAUAGACUUUUUUAAAGAAAGAAACUGUUUAAUGACAAUAUAAGUUCAAAGGUUAUUAGUAAUUAUAGUGGGCCGUAUGUGCCCCAAACUUAAUAUACAUGAACGUCCUCAAAAUGUAUCUGUUGUUUGAAGUAUUAAUUGAAAGUAAAUGAGACAUUUGUAAUUAAAUUUUAACCCUGUACCAAGUAAUUGCUUGUGUAAAUACUAACACUGCAUUUUUAGUUUCUUGUAUUUCUUUAUAGAACACUUAUUUUUUAAACUAUAAAUUAUUAAAAGAACAUGGAGAAAGUUA